CGUGCGGUUAUGAUCCUUGUAGGGAUGAGUUGUGUUUACCUUUGUUUAUUUUGGUGCCAAAAUUGGAAAUAUACGCAGGUUAACUAAACUAAAAACUAAUCCCCCCCCCCCUAUUUGCUGAUGCAAUCUUAAAUUUAGGCGUUUUGAAACGACUACCUUUGUUUAGUGUAGACAGGACAACAGCGCCCCUAAAAUCGUCAAAUCAAGUGUACAACGAAGCAAAUUUAAUGAACGUACUAUGAUGACCCGUACAUCUCUGUUGGUGGCGAUCUAUGUUGUCUUGUUGGCCCCACUAGGUGAAGGAUUUCCUGGCCACAACUCCCCACCGGUGUUUGACCUGAAGAGAGAGUGGUUGAUACCUGAAAAUGAACCAGUUGGGAGCCGAAUUAUCACGGCAAGGGCACAUGAUGACGAGAAAGAUGAUAUCAAAUAUGGAAUCAAGCCUGCACUGUACCUCGAUGGAUCCAGUUUCUUCCGAAUAAACAAGAAAUCGGGGGAAGUAUUCCUGGCCAGUCCUUUAACGGGUCAGGCUGGAAAUGACUACUACCUGUUCAUCACAGCUUAUGAUGGUCAUCAAAUGGCCAAGAUUGAAGUUUAUGUUCGAGUACUGAAGCCUAAUGAUGGUCCUGAAGAAUGGUUUUCCAUCGAUGAAUCUUCUAUCCCCGGUCUUCCGAGCAGUGGCCCUGGUCGCCGGCCCUUUCCGCCUUAUCACCCGAAUCCUCCCUCCUAUCCCUUCCUACCUAACCCCCCCACCGCUGCCCCCUCCCCAAUCAAACCUUCCCAAAAUAUAUCCCCCGUUUCUUCACAAUCUUCAAACGUCUCUUCCUACACCUCCUCAACUACCUCCACUUCCAUCCCUUCCUCGCCCGAAGGAGCCAAGACAACAGUACCCCCUAGCAAUUCGGAAGAGGACGUUGCAGAAGACAACAACGAUGAUAAUAAGAAAAGCUUCGACGUGACAACAACCGUGUUGCUCAUUGUUGCUAUAUUAGGAAUUGCUCCGAUUGUAGCAUUUUUACUGUGGUUUUUUUAUAAGAAACGUUAUAGCAAGAAUGAAGUUAAACAGCAUAAGGAAGUUCAGGACCGCAACCUCAGCGAAAUGACAAACGAUCUUGGUCUAAGUGAGCACUCUAGCGCCCUUUAUCACCAGCGGUCUAGGCGAGCUCCGUCUAAUCGCUAUGAAUCCGGGGAUCUUACGGAAAUUACCCCAGAAGACAAGAAGUGGGAAUUUCCGCGCCACCAUUUACGGUUCCUCGGAAUUCUGGGAGAAGGUUGUUUUGGACAGGUCUGGAAAUGUGAAGCACUUAACAUCAACAACAGUGAUGGUGCCUGUAUCGUUGCGGUCAAAACUCUGAAAGAAAAUGCUUCUGAGAAAGAGAAGAAAGAUUUACUGAGUGAACUAAAAGUAAUGAAACUGUUGGAUCCACAUCCUAAUGUCGUCACUUUGUGGGGAUGUUGCACUGAAAAAGAUCCAUUGUUCGUCAUCAUGGAAUAUGUAACAGGAGGGAAACUGCAGUCCUACCUUCGAGAAAGUCGGGCAGAGCGUUUCUAUGGAAACCUGCAUGGCACUUCUCGACACCUCUCUUCACGAGACCUGACAUCAUUCGCCUACCAAGUAGCUAAAGGAAUGGAAUACUUGUCAUCUAAAGGGAUAAUUCACAGGGACCUGGCAGCCAGGAACGUUCUGGUUGGAGAGCACAAAACCUGUAAAAUUGCGGACUUUGGAUUUGCAAGGGAUGUAAUAAUCAACCGCGUGUACGAAAGGAAGUCUGAGGGACGGCUACCAAUACGCUGGAUGGCACCCGAGUCUUUGUUUGAUAACAUAUUCACCACUAAAACUGAUGUUUGGUCUUUCGGAAUUCUGAUGUGGGAGAUUGUCACACUAGGUUCAACCCCUUACCCAGGGAUGGCAGCAGCUGAAGUGAUGGGACGGGUCAGGGAUGGAUACAGACUAGAAAAGCCUGACCACUGCAAGCGAAAAAUGUACAAUAUAAUGUAUUACUGCUGGGAUAAAGAUUCCAAAGAACGGCCUUCUUUUCCGGAACUCGUUCGUCUUUUAGACAAGCUUCUUAUUAGUGAACACGAAUACAUUGAACUCGACAGAUUUCCCGAUCAUUCUUACUAUAACAUUACUAAUUUAUCUGGAGAAAAACUGUAGUUAAAUGUUCACUUGUUUGGAUACAUGUAAUUAUCAUCCCUUAGAAAGCUUUGUAUACCAUUCGUUAGUGGGUGAUAGUGGAUGAAAGUCUACAAUAGUCAUGGAAGAAAAAAGGAAGUGGACAAUUUCCAUAAAAAAUGACGAUCAGUACUUGGACAGCUUCGACACAGAAAAAUCAAAAUGAACUUCAUAUAAUUAAAAAUGUUGUCGGUAGGCGGCGAUAAUUUUGCAAAUGUUACAAUUUAAACUGUUGCAUUUGAACAGAAACAGGCACAGUUUUGAAAAAUAACUGUAGAGCGAGAGCAAAAACGAAGACGCGAAAUAUUUCUUGCUCAAUUUAUAGUUCACCGACAGAAUGUGACCAAUUUUGAUUUAUAUUUUUGGAAUAAAAACGUAAUUUGUAAAUCUC